CUGGUGGCAAUGGCGAAGGUGCUAAUCUCAAUCAACUCUACGAGCCACGCUACCUCUUUGUCGAUCGACAACAGAAUGUCUACGUGUCAGAUCAUAUCAAUCAUCGUGUCAUGAAAUGGAGUAAAGAUGCACGAGAAGGAAUUGUCGUCGCUGGAGGUCACGGUCAAGGGAAUGCUCUGACACAAUUGGAUCUUCCUAAUGGACUCUCCGUCGAUACGUCGGGCACUCUCUAUGUGGCUGAUUCUGGGAAUAAACGUGUGAUGCGUUGGGCUCAAGGGGCACAAGAGGGCACUGUCGUUGUGGGUGGAAAUGGCGAAGGAGCAGGAGCAAAUCAGUUUUUGCAUCCCAUUGGUUUGUCCAUCGAUCGGCAUGGCAAUCUCUUUGUCGGCGAUGACGGUAAUCAUCGUGUUCAACGAUUUACUCUCGCAUAG